AUGUCUCCAGCACUCUUCGACGACUCCCGCCAUAUUCCCCUUCUCUCACCCACACUCCCUCUGCACCACCACCGAAGCAACAGCAACAGCCAGAACAACAACAACCAACACCACAACGACGACCCAGACUACGACGACAACGACGACGACGACGACGUCGAACUCAAAGCAAUCCACAUCACCGACCACCAGCAGCCCCGAUACAGCACUGACGACGACGACGACGACGACGACAACGACGACGACGACGCCUCAGACGCCGAAGGCCACGACCCGACUAUGCCCCGAAGUCGCAAAGUCCACACUACGACCAAUAGUGAGGCCAAGAUGAACACCUCCUCGUCCGUCGAGUACCGCCGCAAGAACGGCGCCUCCCUCGACGACGGCGGCGGCACCCCCUCGAGCGCCCAGCAGACCGAGGCCCUGCUCGAACGCAGCUCCUUCACGCUCGACGACGACCACGACGUCAAGCCCGCCGCCGCCUCCUUCCUCACGCUCUCGCUCGCCGACCAGCGCAACUUUGCCCUCCUCGUCAUGCUCUACUUCCUGCAGGGCGUGCCCAUGGGGCUCGCAAUGGGCUCCGUCCCCUUCCUGCUCAAGCACAAGCUCAGCUACGGCGAGAUUGGCGUCUUCACGCUCGCAUCCUACCCGUACAGCAUGAAGCUCCUCUGGUCGCCCAUCGUCGACGCCAUCUGGUCGCGCCGCAUGGGCCGCCGCAAGAGCUGGAUCGUGCCCAUCCAGACCGUCAGCGCGUGCAUGCUCAUCUGGCUCGGCGGCAAUGUCGACAAGCUGAUGGAAGAGGCAAGCAGCAAGCUGUACAUGUUUACGUUUGUCUUCUUCACGCUCGUCAUGCUGUGCGCGACGCAGGACAUUGCCGUCGAUGGGUGGGCGCUCACGCUGCUGAGCCCCGAGAACCUCUCGUAUGCGUCGACGGCGCAGACGGUGGGGCUCACGGCGGGGCAGUUCCUCUCGUUUACGGUGUUUUUGGCGUUUAAUGCCCCCGACUUCUCGAAUAGAUACUUUAGGACUGUGCCGCAGACGUACGGCCUCAUGACGCUAAGUGGGUAUCUCAAGUUCUGGGGAUGGGCGUAUCUGGUCAUCACGCUGGGCCUCGCGGUGUUCAAGAAGGAGGAGAAGAACUCCAACCGCGACGGCAUCGCCGCAGUCUACAAGACAAUGUGGAAAGUCGUCAAGCUAAAACACAUCCAAACCCUCAUCAUCGUCAACCUCAUCGGCAAAAUCGGCUUCCAAGCCAACGACGCCGUCACAAACCUCAAGCUCCUCGACAAGGGCUUCUCGCAAGAAGACAUGGCCCUCACCGUUCUCAUCGACUUCCCCUUCGAGAUCCUCCUCGGCUACCAAGCGGGCAAAUGGAGCAGCACCUUCCCCCCCAUGACACUCUGGACCUGGGCCUUCAUGGGCCGCCUCCUCGCCGCCGUCCUCGCACACGUCACCGUCGUGCUCUUCCCCAAGGACGGCGUCGUCGACACGUGGUACCUCCUGGUCGUCAUUGCCGAGCAUGUCUUCUCGACCUUCACGAGCACGGUGAUGUUUGUGGCGCUCACGGCGUUUAAUGCGCGCAUUGCGGACCCCGCUAUUGGCGGCACGUACAUGACGCUUCUGGCGACGGUGUCGAAUCUGGGCGGGACCUUCCCACGGAUCUUUGUGCUGAAGGCGGUGGACGCUUUGACAUCUGCGACUUGUUUCCCCCCGGAGAAGGCCGUUGGGGGUGGGGGGGCAACGCCGUUUGAGCCGUUUAGCUGCGCGCUCGAGGCGCAGCGCCAGGCCUGCGGCGAGAUGGCGGGCAGGUGUGUCGUGCAGAGGGACGGGUACUAUAUCACGAAUGUGCUGUGCGUGCUGGUGGGGCUGGUCACGUUUGUGGCGUAUAUUAAGCCGUCGGUGGAGCGGUUGAGUGCGUUGCCGUUGAAGGCGUGGAGGGAGUAUAAUCCCGGCCGGGAGUAG